AUGGAUCUGUCGAGGUGGGCCGUUGCAGCAGCGCUGCUUCAACUCGCCUCACUUGCACUGGCUCAUGGCCAUGAUGAGGAGCACCAUGAUAUGGAUAUGAAGAAGCCCGAAGCUCCUCAGAAUAACGGAGGAGAGGUCGAGCCAUAUGACAUGCCCAGUUAUGCCGGCCUAGGCCAGCACCAGAAUGUGAUUUUGGCGCAUGUGGUCCUGAUGGUGUUAGCAUGGUUUUUCAUUCUUCCAAUCGCCUCCAUGUUCAGUAUUGGUCGAUCGAAACUUGCUCUUCCAGUUCAAUUUCUCUUCCUGAUCGUUAACGGCCUUGGACUCUUGUUCGGAAUUGUGUACAACCUCAACACUCCAGAUUUGUACGUGCACAAUGCGCACCACAGCAUUGGCUGGAUCGCUACCUGGUUCAUGACCGCUCAGGUCAUUGCGAGCCUGUUAUUCGCAUACUCGCGGAGGGGCAAGCAACACCCUGCCCCAGUCGGUGAGAGGGCAGCGUUUCUCCCAGUCUCUGUUGAGAACAUGGCCCAGCAUAACAGGCGGCCGCCAUAUAGUCCUUACCGUUGGUCCGGCGACAGCGGUCAAGGCACCGAUACCUCCUCGACACUGCACAGCCGUGAUGGUUCUCCAACCGUCGUGGGUCGACGGGAUACCUUUGAUGAUUUCGAAAAGCCUGAACCUGUCCCAGACUCGGAAGACGAUGAAGACCUGCAGUUGCCGCAGCAGCCUAGCAAGCAAUCCCGCUGGUUGCGCAUCAGCUUCAUCGACAAAUACCUGUCGGCGCGAAUCCCGCAUCUGGUCUCAUCUCAGGUUCUGAGAGUUGUCGAGAUUGUGUACAAUGUGGUUGACAGACUGAUUCUGCUUCUUGGAUUUAUCGCCUUGGUGACUGGAUUUAUCACCUACUGUGGUCUUUUCAGAGCCAACAAUGUCUUCACGGGCCUUGCCCACUUUAUCAAGGGAGGAAUUUUCUUCUGGUACGGAUUGCUCACCCUUGGACGAUGGAUGGGUUGCUUUGCCGAUCUGGGCUGGGCUUGGAAUCUUAAGCCGACCCGCACCGAAGUCGGCCAAUGGAAGUCGAAAAUCCCUUCGGCUGAAUUCACAGAAUCCUUUGUCAUUUGGCUGUAUGGUGCAACCAAUGUCUUCUUGGAGCAUCUUGCUGCUUGGGGCGGAGAAUGGUCGGCGCAGGACCUUGAACAUGUUUCAAUCACCAUCAUGUUCUUUGGCGGCGGACUGUGUGGUAUGCUCGUUGAAUCCAGCACCGUGCGCCGCUGUCUGAACACGAUUGUCGACAACAUGCCUGCCCGAACAGAUGUUCAUCCGAGUGAAGCGCUGGAGCUGCGCGAGACACCGAAACAGUACACCACAUCUCUCAACCCUAUGCCGGGCCUGGUCAUCAUCCUCCUCGGAAUCAUGAUGUCCUCGCAUCACCAGGACUCGAUGGUUUCUACCAACGUACACGCACAAUGGGGCACGCUGCUGGUCGGCUUCGGGGUCGCUCGUAUGCUCACGUACCUGAUCAUGUUUCUCUCACCACCCAAGUCGGUCUAUCCUACCCGGCCUCCCACCGAACUGGUCGCAUCCUUCUGCUUGAUCAGUGGUGGAAUCAUCUUCUGCGCCAGUGCUCGAGACAUCGUCUACUAUAUGGAGACGACAGGUCUCAUGGCCAUGUUUGUGCUCACUGUCACGUGUGGGUUGACGGCAUUCAUCAUGGCAUAUGAGAUCAUCGUGCUGUCACUCAAGGGCUGGGCCAUGAGGAGGGAGAACAAGGGCGCGGCUCCCAGAUUUUGA